CGAAGCGAAAAGAAGUAAAAUAAGAAAGUGAAGUGAAUUGAAAGCGAAUCGAGGAAGAAGAUUAAGAAUAAGAAAAAUAGGGCGCUUUUAAGUCGGCCCGAGUGCAUUUGAUAUUUGUUGAUGUCCUGCAUGCAGGACACGCGCUAAAGCUGUCCCAGUAAGUGCUUCAAAAUUUACUCGCCAACCACAUUCGACGCCUCCAGGGCGUUCAAGCUGGAGGAGGAUUUCGUCGGCGGCUGCAUGACAAUGUCGAUGUACUCGACGACGGAUAAAAUGAAAAUGUCAGCGCCCAGUUGUUUUCCAGGACGCUACAGUCCCUCCUACCGAAGUUCGGAGCAGAUGCGCCGCUGCAUGCCAAAUCCGUCGAGUCGUUUGUUAGAAGAUGCUUCCCUAUUAUGCAAUUCGUGGUCAGCACGUCAGAAUGGUGAUAUCUUCGCGGGCAUCAACGAUGGAAUCCUCAGCAGAGCGGAGGCCUUGGCAGCCGUCGACAUCCAGAAGCACCAAGCCCAGCACGUCCACAGCCAAAUGCCCUCCCAGAUCAAGCACGACGUCAUGUACCACCACCACUCCAUGAGUGGGCCUCCCCAGCGUCCCCUGCAGGAAAAUCCUUUCUCUCGACAGAUGCACCACUCGAUGGACCAGCUGGACAUGCUGGACCCGACGGGCUCGAUGACCACGUUGGCGCCCAUUUCGGAGUCGCCGCUGACGCCCACACACCAACACCUGCACGGUUCCUAUCACAGCAUGAAUCACAUGAUGAGCCACCACCAUCCGGGCACGUUAAGUGGCCACACGGGGGGACACCAUGGACACUCAGCGGUACAUCAUCCUGUUAUCACGGCGGCGGUGGCUGCCGCUGGCCUGCAUCCCGACACAGACACCGAUCCCCGCGAGCUGGAGGCCUUCGCGGAGCGGUUCAAGCAGCGGCGCAUCAAGCUGGGUGUCACGCAGGCGGACGUGGGCAAGGCCCUGGCCAAUCUAAAGUUACCUGGCGUCGGCGCGCUGUCGCAGAGCACGAUCUGCAGGUUCGAGAGCCUGACGCUGUCGCACAACAACAUGAUCGCCCUGAAGCCCAUCCUGCAGGCGUGGCUCGAGGAGGCCGAGGCGCAGGCGAAAAACAAGCGGCGCGACCCGGAUGCGCCCAGUGUCCUGCCGGCGGGCGAAAAGAAAAGGACUUCCAUUGCGGCACCUGAAAAGCGUUCCCUGGAAGCCUACUUCGCCGUACAGCCGAGGCCAUCCGGUGAGAAAAUCGCUGCCAUUGCCGAAAAGCUGGAUUUGAAGAAAAACGUGGUGCGCGUCUGGUUCUGCAAUCAACGUCAAAAACAAAAACGUAUAGUUAGUAGUGUAACACCCUCAAUGACUGGCCACGGUUCGGCGGGAUUUGGAUACUGAUAGUCGUUUAUGACGGCAGCGGCGGCGGUUAACACGGCAGC